CUCGAUCAGUUUAAAAAUUGGCCCAUUAGAACCCGCAAAUCGUAGCGAUUUGAUUCCUCUCCGCUUGAAAAUCGAAGCUUUUUUUUUUCUUCGACAAUGGAGGGAUUACUCUCGCUGCGAAGUCCAGGGAGCAGGGUUCAUGUUCGAGUAGUUUCGCCGUCUCUGUAUCGCUCUCACGGUUCUGUAACUAACGUCUCGAUCAGACGGUCGGUUUCAGGCAUCUCCAUGGAGAAGAACAGCCUUAGGGUUUCGUCGUUUUCCCCGAUUCGGGCUCAACAGGAGGGAUUAGCAAUGGCUUCCUCUGCGGUGGAUGGCAAAGACAACAAUGCUCUUAGAAUCAAGGAGUGGGAAAUAGGGAUGUAUCAGGAAGAAAUAGCUUCAAGCCAAGGGAUCAAGAUAAGGAGACGGAAGCCGAGAAAAGCGCCCUCGGGAUAUGUUGGACCCUUUGAAUUGCGAUUGCAGGGCGAGGAUGAAUCUGAAUCUCCUCGUGACGUCUUGGAGGAGAUCAUAUGGUACAAAGACGAAGAAGUCUCGCGGAUGAAGGAGCAGACCCCAUUUUCGGAGCUGGAAAAAGCCAUGGAGAAUGCUCCUCCGACGAGGGAUUUCGUUGGGGCGCUUAGAGCGGCUCACGCAAGAACCAGACUGCCCGGUUUGAUCGCCGAAGUCAAGAAGGCUUCUCCGAGCAGAGGAAUCCUUAGAGAGAACUUUGAUCCAGUUGAGAUUGCUCAAGCUUAUGAAAACGGUGGAGCUGCAUGUCUUAGUGUUUUAACAGACGAGAAGUUCUUCAAGGGAGGCUUUGAAAACUUGGAAGCAAUAAGGACUGCCGGUGUAAAGUGCCCCUUAUUAUGCAAAGAAUUCGUCGUAGACCCGUUCCAAAUCUACUAUGCCCGGGCUAAAGGUGCUGAUGCGGUUUUGCUUAUUGCUGCCGUGUUGACUGAUCUCGAGAUUACUUACAUGCUUAAGCUCUGCAAUAGGCUCGGUCUCGCUGCACUGGUCGAGGUGCAUGACGAGAGAGAGAUGGGUCGUGCUCUUGGAAUCGAGGGGAUCGAGCUUGUUGGCAUCAAUAACCGAAAUCUCGGAACGUUCGAAGUUGACAUAAGCAACACGAAGAAGCUUCUCGAAGGAGAGCAUGGUCGAGUCAUCCGAGAGAGAGACAUGAUCGUGGUCGGAGAAUCCGGUCUCUUCACACCCGAAGACAUCGCCUUUGUACAAGAAGCCGGUGUUAGAGCGGUUUUGGUUGGUGAAUCCAUCGUGAAGCAGAACGACCCCAAGAAGGGAAUAGCCGGCCUCUUCGGACGAGACAUAUCCAGAUAGAUAAAGCCCUGUUGUUGUCCCAUCAGAUUCUUUACAUGUCCAAAUAAGUACUACUAGUACUGUAAUACAUAGUAAUCUUGUUUUUUUUUUAUGUAAAAAAAUCUCAAACUGGUUAGAGAAUCAGGAGACAUGAGAAGAAACAACCCAUGGCGGUCAUCUCCAUUCUUGUAGCUUCAAAAGAGUGUCUUGACAUUAUCAGCAAAUAAAACA